AAUAUCUUGUAACAUUUUCAAACUACCACAAGUGCAAUGUUUAAAAAGACAGAAACGCACUCCCUUCUUAGACGGGUCGUUAGAGAGGAAUUUAAAAUACACUGACGAAAGAGUUAAUUUGCAAUCGGAUAAGAGUAACUGUGUUUUGUGUGGCUGGGGUAUUAUCCGAAGACGUUUGUGGCUUUUUUUCAAUGAGCAAGACCAGUGUUUAAUCUCUAAUCUACGAUCAAUACUGCAGUGUGGAGUAAAUGCAUCAGUGGGUCUCGUAAGAAAAGAGAUCAGGUUCCCAUUGUGUGUACUGACACGUAUGUAGGUAUACGUUGACCAAGACAGAAAAAUGGCGCUUUACGUUUCUACAAGUCUUCAGAACGGUGAAAGUGGUUCCUGGUUUCCAGACACAGUCGGCUGUAACCAAACAGCAUGAAAUAACCUGAAACAACUUGGCACUGAAGCUGGAAAUGGUUUAAAGACAACUCUUAUUUAUAGGACUGGUAUUGCUACGAAAGUUGAUCCAGAUCGUACGGGAAGGAAAGACCAAUUGAUGACACAGUUGUUUAUUGCAAGUGUGAAUACGGAUGAGAAAGUGACGAACAAUGCUGAAGUUAUGCAUUGAGAACGUCGGUGCUUAAUGGCGACCUUCUGUAGGCAUACAUGUACAAGCUGAAGAGGAUACGACACCACGAACGGUUAAAGAACCAAGGCAGAUUUUGGAUCUGAGCUCUUUUAGGACCGGCAUCAUGGUACUCCGGACCAGUGUAAUCGAGUGCCUCCUGUUCCUCCUCGUCGUCAUCUACAUGGCGAAGGUAAUGGUGGUGAUGACGUACCUUGAUGCGUCAAAGGAAGCCCUCAUGGGACGACGUGAUUCUGCAGAGGUUAUCAGGGGCCAGGAGGGCGCCCUACAUGUCAAUCCGAAAGUACGAUCCAUCCUGCAGGACAGCGUGAAGAUGCCUGAAGUCCGCAUUGCAGAACCCGACAGUGCAGUCAUUAGUAAUGAGGAAGAGAAGAAACCGGACAUCCCCGAUGUGGAUGAUCAACAUAACAUAAUUAAAGAGGAUGGUGCCAUGGAGAAGGAAAAUGAUAAUAUCUCUGGUGUCGUAGAGGACGAUAAAGACGACGAUGAAGACGAUGACUUUGCAGGGAUGAAUGCCGAAUUGUUUUCAAAGGUUCUGAAAACGCAGUAUGAUCAUUCAACAAAAUGUUCCGAAGAGAAUUUGUUUCUGAUAUUGCUGAUCAAUUCCAAACCUGAGAACUUGGACUUCCGGAUAAUGAUCCGGGAAACUUGGGCAAAUGCUCCUGACGCUGAGACACAAGGAGUGCUUGCUAUGUUUGUUUUUGGAAAACCACGAGAUCGACCAAGGUUAGAUGCUACAAUCUAUGAAGAAAACGAUCGUUAUGAUGAUAUCAUCUUGGGAGACUUCUAUGAAGAUUUCAGAAAUUCGUCCUUGAAAGUACUUACAGGUAUGAAGUGGGUGUCUUCACAUUGCUCCUCGGCGAAAUUUGUAUUUAUGGGAGAUGACCAUAUCUAUCUAAACAUGAACAGACUGGUCAAGUCUCUGCGAACCCUCCAUGUUCAAGAAAACGACAAGAGUAUGUGGCGUGGACGGAUUAGAAGUACAUCGAGAGCAAUCCGUGACAAAAACAGUUUGUACUAUGUAUCAGAGCGCCUUUACGAACGAUCCGUAUAUCCUCCAUUCUGUACCCUUGAUGCUGGCUUCGUUCUGUCUAUGUCCGCUGUUCAUGAGCUCUACCGUGACUCCUUCGAUAGAUCUAUAGUACCAUUCGGAGAUGUCCUCAUAGGAAUCGUUGCUGACGAAAUGAAAUGGAACGUUGUAGAAGAUAGUCUUUUCAACUACAGAGAUUAUGAAAGCAUUUGUGAAUUUGGUAAGGUCUUUACUUUGAGAGGGAUGUCGACACCUGACAAAAUAAAAACUGUCUUUGACAAGAUAAGUAACGAGACGUUUCUGCGUGAAUGUCCAGAUCCAGACCUUGACCUUGUGUUGACGGGUCUGGCUGAUAAUGAACCUUACUUAAACACCGUCCUGCAGAUGGUUCACGACCAUCCAAAAUACUGUUACAAUGAUCAGGGUCGGGAGGACAAAAUAUUCAUCCUUAAUUUAGUGAGCUCUCUUCCACGUCAUUUUGAAGCCCGACAGGCGAUUCGAGAAACGUGGGGUAGUCAGGAUGAGAUACUUGGUGAGAAGGUGAAGACGUUGUUUGUGAUGGGCCUAACACAGAGGGACACGGAAGAGAUUCAGAAGCAGGUUCAGAUAGAGGAUGACACCAAUGGCGAUAUCAUCCAAGCAGAAUUUCAGGAGUCCUUCGGGAACCUCACCCUGAAGGUUGUCAUGGGUUUGAAGUGGGUGACUCAGAACUGUCCUCACGCCACGUACAUCUACAAAGGAGACGACGACAUGUUCGUCAAUUUCCCGAACAUCAUUAAUUAUCUGAAGAAGGAGCGAAGCAGUGGCAAAGCCUUAAAAAAGUACUUCAUGGGAUCGGUACUUUUCAGGAGUGUCCGCAUCACCCGGAAAGACUCCAAGUAUUACGUGAAUGAGAAGUUCUACAGCGGUCGUUAUUUCCCGCCGUACUGUUCGGGUGGUGGGUAUAUCAUAUCAACAGACGUAGUGCCUCCUAUGUACGAGCAAGCACUGAAGACCGCCUUCAUCCCGAUCGACGAUGCCUACCAGGGCAUCUUGGCGAAGAAGGUGGGAGUUGUCCCCCAGUAUAAUGGGGGAUUUAAAAACUGGGGUGAGAAGAGUGAUACAUGUUCUCUGAGAAGAGAAGAACUGAUGACGAUUCAUGGGUUUAAGGACCCGGACGCCAUGCACGAAGUCUGGCGAAACUUCACAGACACUUCCGUGAAGUGUGGGCACGAUCGGAGGUGACGAAAAUAGUUUGAAGAUCAGAGAGGUAUAUUAUCAUGAAUAUGCAUUAUCAAGUUAUCUAUUGAAUAAAACAUGACUUGAACAGAUGAACAAUAAGUGAUUUCGUAAAUAUGAAUCUACGAAUGUUCUUAUCAUUGAUAUUUGCUUUCAUAUUAAUUUUAAUGACGUACUACAUGUACAUAUAGCUUAGCUCAAAUUUGGUCUUUCUCAACCUUUGCACUUGUAUCAAAACGUUAAUUUAAAUUCUUACUUGUAAUUUAAUUUUGUAUGAUCGAUGUGUAGGAAGUUAUCGUGCAAUAUAGCGCCAUCGUGCGACGAAGUCCACCAGUGUAUGAGAAGGGAUUUUUGGUAUUCUGGUAAAUACAGUCUUCGGCUUGGAGGGAACGAGCGGGGGGGGGGUACGAGCUCAUACCUGAUAAUUUUGGUUAUCAGAAAAUUAAUUAAAUCUGUCAGAGGUUAUCCCCCCCCCCCCCCCCCCCAAAAAAAAAAAAAAAAAAAAAAAAAAAAGCAGAAGAAUCACAAUUUCAUUUUCUUUUAUUGAAAGAUGCUGGAUAUUUGUGACAAUUUUUUAUUAAAACAUACAGAAUGCAAGCUAAUAAAUGACACAAGCCAUACUCUAUAAGUGUGGUACUGUAUAACAUAUAAUUAUCGGAAUAUCAGGGACAAACCAUUGAUUGGAUCAACACGCAUUGUUGCUUAUCUUUCAAAUCGGAGAUGUUCAACACGAAGAAGUGCUUGAGCAUGAGUUUAAAGUACUAUUAAAAUAUUGGUAUUAUUCAUUAUCGUUAUGAUCAUCAUCACCCCCACGAUCAUCAUCAUUAUCAUUAUCGUCAUCAUUAUCAUCACCACCACCACCACCACCAUAAUUAUCGUCAUUAUCACCACCACCAUCAUCAUCAUCCUUAUCAUUAUCGGCAUCAUCUUCUUCACCACUACCAUUAUCAUCAUGAAUCGGCGAUGUUCAGCACGAAGAAGUGUUUGAUAAUGAGUUUCAAAUACUAUUGAAAUAUUGAUAUUAUUCAUUAUCGUUAUGAUCAUCAUCCCCAACACCAUCAUUAUCGGCAUCAUCAUCACCACCACUAUUAUCGUCAUCAUCAUUAUUAUCACCACCACCAUCAUCAUCAUUAUCGUCAUCAUCUUCAUCACCACCACCAUCAUUAUCAUGAACAUCAUCUUCAUCUUCAACAAUAUCAUCAACAUCAUUAUCACUAACGACAAUCAACAUAAUUAACAGUUAUAUACAUCGCCACCUCGCUAUCAACAACAUUAUCAUCAACAUCAUCAUCAUCAGCAGCAGCAUUCAUGAUAAUGUUAACAUUAGAAGACGUAUGUAAGAGCAUACAUAAAGACUGCCACACGUGGCCAUUUUUGUUCAGUGUCUGUAAAUACAUACAUCACGGUAUGUUUCAUUUUAAUAUAAGCGCUGAAAUUAUUAUGCUCAUCUUUAUUUUAACUCGUAUUCAAUUUUGAUAGCAGUAGGAUUCUUUUGAAUAAAAUUCAAACAUGAAUGUUCAUGUAUUACUUACUCAGUCAUUCGUUAUUGUUUGAAUGACGUUAUUGGUAUUGUAUGAAUAACGUUACGUUAUUGUAACAUAACGUUGUUGUAUAAAUUUGUAAAGGUGGACCACAGAGUCAGAAGAAGGCUUUCUCGAAAAGGUGGCCUUUAUGUUCAUUAUUUAAAUUACCUUUGAUUAUUAGUCGAUUGAAGUCAUUGGUAUUAAUGAUCCCUACUUUGUUCAUAUAGUGUGAUAUUUUGUGAGAAUAAAUUUUUAUUGCAACGCUCGUAAGAA